AUGGCAGAGCCGCCAUGUAAGCGCCCGCGGCCAGAGGCAGUGGAUGGCGUUACAGAUUUCGAGCAAGGGCAACGAGACUUCAGCCCGGAAACAAAAGACAGCAAAGCUAUCUGCGCAGACUUCACGAGUCAUAACAAGCAGUACACGAAUGGGGUUAUUGCCAAGAACGCUUGGAGACAGGCUCGCGGUCCUCUCACUGGAGAAGUCAUACGCAUCCCGGAUGUGAACUCUGGCUACCCUAAGGGCGUUUAUCCUACCAAGUGGAAGGAUGGUGACGUCCUACCUGAGUCAGUUGACAAUUUUGAAAUCGGCGAUGGUUUCCCGGAUGCGAACGAGUUUGUCAUGAAAUUUGGUGUUAUCAUUCCGUCAACGAACACCACGGUGGAGUAUGAUUUCUGGAGCAUGGUCAUGCGCAAUUACGACGCCUGCAAGGGCAUUGGAUUCCAUAUGUCUGGAAUCCUCAUUGACAGCCCGAGGCUGGCAAGUGAUGAGGACAUGCUGCACUUCUUGCAAUUGUUCCGCAAGCAGAUCUUUACAACAGCUGAUCGGCUGAUGACAUCGGAGCCGCAGUACAUCAUCAUGGGCAUGUCUUUGGAGACAUUUUUUGGAGGAUGGGAAGGAAACAAGGAAUUCAAGAAGGAACUGGGAGAUCGAACGGGCCUCAACAUAGCCACGGGCGCCGAGGCUUGCAAGGCGUCAUUGGAAAAAUUUGGAGCCAAGCGCAUUACAGUCCUCACACCCUACCAGGAGAUAGGUGAUCGGAAUGUGGUGAAGUUCUUUUCGGAGAUUGGCUUUGAAGUGGUUCGCAUAGCGGGGCUGAAAUGUGGUUCAGCAACCGACAUUGCACAUGUGCCUGAGGCUUGGUGUGAGAAGGUUGUUCGAGAAAAUCUUCUCCUGCCUGGCGUAGACGCUGUGGUGCAGUGUGGCACGAACUUGUCUUUUGUUAACCUGGCUGAACGACUGGAGCACGAAGUUGGAAUUCCCAUCAUUGCCAUCAAUGUUGCUUGUCUGUGGUUUGCGAUGCGAGAGGUUGGAAUUGAUGUGAAGCUGCAAGGCUGCACUCGCUUAUUUCGUGAGCACUGA